CCGGAUUGUGGGUAAGAGGCGGAUUAAUCAUCGCUUGAGCCUCACACGCAACGUCUUGCUUCCACUCCGGCACAGUAACCGCCGCCUUUCCUCUCUGCCCACGCUGCCCUCGCCCAAUGAUCCCUUCCCAACUACGGGCUCCCUCCCGGCGAGAUUAUUGGAUGAGAAUCAGCUACUUGCUUUGAGCUUCAUCGUUAGUGGGGAUGCUUUAGUUUUUUUUCUACCGCCCGCCAUCCUUGAUCCUUGCUGGCGGUUGGGGUGUUGCUGCGUUGUUUCGGCGCGCAUUUUCACUUUCACAGCCUAUGAGAGGCGGCGACUAGUUAACUACUUCUGCUUGACAAGCAAAAGAAAAGAACGAUGCGUAGCCUACCUUUCCUUUGCUUGGGAGAAGAGACUGCGUUUUGGGAAUCUUGCAAGCCCUGGAUUCAUGAACUCCCGGUGAAAUCCAUCAACGAAUAAUAAAUAGCAACACGGAGCGAGGUGCAUCGGCAGUUCGAAGACACUGCCACGCACUUUUCGUGGACUUGGGGGCUAGUGCGAUUAGGCUUCCAAAUCUAGCAAAGCGAGAUGGACACAUUCGACUACUGCGUAGACAGGCUUUCAACAUCGAAGUUUGCAAUAAUAGCUCCUUGAAGGGGCCCCAAUUGCCUCGCUCCCAUGCCAGGCGGGUUCCAAAUAUUCACGCAAGUCGAUCCGCCUCCCUGACAAAGGACCCUUCCUCAGCCAGAAGAGGUCAUAAGCAAAAGGGCUUGAGUCGACGUACCGCGUACCGAUCUCAAAACCGGAAAGUUCUCCCCCCCCCGCCCCCAAGCCACUAUGCCACGAAUUAGAACAUCAAGAAAGCGGAGGAAAAAAGGCAAAAAACUGACAGACAACAUUCUAUUAAUUAGGAAGUAGAACAAUUUAAGUCCUUCAUAUCUUCACACUAAGCAAGGAAUGGCUAAAGAUUUCAUACUCCUUCAAAGUUGAAUCGCAGAGCCUGCUCUGUGUUGUUUUGUGCUAUGGCAAACGUUUCUAAAUAUAACUAGUAACGUAGUACAUACAAUCUUUCGCUGACCCUCCAUCUCUCUCUAAAAAAAAGAAAAAAGAAGAAAAAACAGACAGUCACAGGUACAAAAGCAGAUACUGAUGAGCAAUUAGAUCUAAACCGGGGAAGUGGAGUCUUAUCAGGAGCCGGGGACACCCCACGCCUCUGGAAUUAUUAAUAGUUGCACCCUGUUAAGCAGCAAUCUUUGCAGUGCUAAGUCAAUAAUAGGGUAUCCAUUGUACAGGACACAUGUAACAAAUUUCUCAACGCCGAAGCAAAGAAGCUCGCUGAGAUUUAGGGUGGAAACCAUCAGUUCUUCAAAAGAGGCUACAAAGAAUAUCUUGUCAAAACAUUUUUGCAUAUCCUCGAGAGCGAGCAACACCACAGCUACUCCGGGGUGGUGAUAGUUCCAAUAGGAUAGGAAGGCAUGGAUGAAACCAUCCGACGAGCCGGGAUACUUGGGUCGAGAGUUGCCCAGCUCUACACAGCGGAAGAGCUUCGUCCAAGACUGCCCACCGACAACUUUCAACAUUGCUAAAAAUUAGCUAGCGGCACAGUCCAUCGCGGAAUCUAACCCCUCUCCCCCUCCUCUCUGCGGAUGCCAGAACAGGAAUUGAUCGCGCUUGUACGGAAUAGUGGCGGCGCCGGGGUUGAGCCCAUGAACAACGCCUGGUUACGCCUGGUGUAACAUGGUGCCGUUUUUCCCUUGAGCGGACGCAGCUUCACUCUUCACCAGCAAUCUGAGUUUUGGUUCGAAACCCCCAAACCCCUGGUCAACUCCAUGGUAACGAGUUUGCCUCAUGCGCAAAGGCACCGGUUUGCCUUGCAUAGCUUGGUGACAGCUGGAGCUAAAGCGAAACAAAAUCAGAUGGGCAGUUACUCCGUACAUGCCUUUUUUGAUAGUUAACUCCGCUUAAGUCAUGAGCGGUUGUGUCGAGAUUUACUAACAGCAGCCGUCGUGAACAUGAGUUUACCAUGAAGCAACGCAUUUUUCUUUUUUGCCCUGUUUUUUAAUCCAUCGCGUUCUAGCUUCAAAAGUAAUUAGCCACUUUCGAUUGCCUGGUGACAUUAGCGCAAGCCAGUGUCCCCAGACCUCGCUGCCCCGCGGUGAUCCCAGUUGAACGGAGGAUUUCCCCAGCAUCAAUUAUUACGCUGUAUUAAUGAGGAAUUGAGGAUGCCCCAGAUCCCCCAAUGUGGCUGACUCGCCAAGGAGUCGCCGUCGGCGCAGGCGAACGAUGUUGUUUCCGAUCCAACUGGCACCUUACAACUUAUUGGAGACAAGGGGCUUCAACAUUAGUCUACUUACCCCAAAGGACCAUAGCAAGCCGUGUAAUUUUCUUUGGGUACAGCGUAUAACUAUGCUAUAACAGCAUCUUACGUGUUCAGCCAGUCUGAAGCGUCCGGAUGUUUGCUUUUGCUCAGUCGUUCCCCUCUAAAACGCUGAAAGCUGUGCCGCAGGAUGCUAGUUGAAAUUUCACAUAUUUCUCCCUCGGCACAAAAUCCACCAUAACGAGUGUCACCAUGCCGAUUCCAAGAAUAACUCAACUCGAAGAUCAUGCACCCGAGUCUCUUUUGGGUCCCGACUCCCCGGAGUUUGGGUGACGGCAGAUCUUGGAUGCCGUAAGGAGGAGAAAUGAUGACGAUCCCCGGCCUUGACUUUCCCUGCACAGGGCAGGGCUAUCUUGUAGGCUGCUUUCGUAGCCCCUUUAUGAUUCUAAUGCGCCCCAGACAUCCUUGCAUGUUUCUUGGGCCACUGGGCUAGUUAGAGUCUUGUUCGCAAACUCGCCAGGCACUGCCGCUAUCAAUUGACCUGGCGAACCAGUUUUGGACAAACAGCCCCCAACGCCCGCAUCCUGCCCAUGCAGGGGCUGACCAGGGUUGAGCUUUGCAUCACUCGAUUCGACCAGAGUCGACAACCAAUUUUUUUUUCUUUCUCAGCGUAGAAAUUAUGACUGGCUGUGCGGCUCUGCGACAUCUCCUCGUGUGUUGCUUGCUCGUUUGGUUAAUACUUGACGCCGUACUCGAUUAACUACCAGGGCCAUUAAGUCUAGUUAGGAUGGGCCGGUAAGAAGUUUCUUUAUAUUGAGUGAUGAUCCCCUCCACAUGAAUACCUCCGAAGAGCUCACUUAUACUCGUAUGUCUGACAUGACAUCAUACGUUCAUCUUUCUGUCUCUAAUAAUACCCACUUUUUGCUCAAGCUUCGAAAGCUUCUACGGAUGCCACGACCUUGGGGAGGUUGCUGACUUGAGUUGAUAAUAGUUUGCUUAUGUUAAAAUGGCAGAUAUCGGGUUCACCCAAGAGAUAAACGACGUUCCUUAUAUUCGCUUUUCCGGUGAUGAGCCAUCGAGAGACCCGUACUCUUUAUCCAUGAAUGCGACUACUCUGCCUUUUGUAACAACCCCAGCUAGCUACCCCUAUGUUUCUGAUACCUGCGAGCUCCGACAUGAUGCCAUAGCGGCCGGAACAACAUACACGGAGACUCAAUUUCCAUACUUGGUAAAGUCUGCCGAUAGCUGCUCGCCAAUUCUCGCUACGGAUGAGAUUGCACACGUUAGGUUUUACCAGUUGCACACAUUAUCAGCCCAGGAGAGCGAUGGCGAACCCAGUGGUUUAUCUCGUUCAAGCUGGAGAUACGAAUCCCCAAGCGGAUCAUGUGGCGGUGAGACAGAAGCCGAUUCUAACUUGAGUGAACAGUCGUGGAGCCAUGUAUAUGCAUCCCGAGAGUCCCAAUGCACCAGCAGUCAUAGCCCAUUUCCCUCGCCUCUAAGUGACACUUUCCAACAUCGAGGGCCAUCGAACUGUUUCCUCUCCACAAACGUGGAAGGCUCUUAUUGUGGAAGUGAACACUCAGUCAGCCUUCGCGAAGUCCAACACUACCCUGAUCCAGACCCGGAGGCAGAACAAAGGUUUGAAAUCGACUCUGGAUGGGCUGGACGAUCAUUUACCUUCCACGCAAAUUUCCCCAAGAGGAGCUCAUUUCCUGGAGUCAUCAAAUCCUCUCUUGCAGACCAAGACGGACAAGAAGUUGGAGAACUUCCAAAGGAGAUCAAUAUCCAAACAGCCUCCCCAAUGACCCAAAUUCAAUCCGAGCAAGUUCCCAGAACAGAGCCGGGGCCGCUCCCACGCAAGCGGACAGCAUAUUCCAUCCAAUCUCAACGAAGCAUGCCAUCACCACCACGGAAAUUAAACAAUAACCGCAGAUCAACGCGCAACCACGUCCUCUCCAAGCCGGCCACAAAACAGGGACGCAAGCUAAAAUCAGGGCGGUCUAUUCGAGGCCCUUACUCCUCUUGGUCCCAACAGAAGCCCAACGAUCGUCAGUUUAUCUGCGUAUUUGCCCCAUAUGGCUGCCACAGUACCUUCUCUGCCAAAAACGAAUGGAAGCGCCACGUUUCUUCUCAACAUCUCCAGCUUGGAUUUUACCGCUGCGACGUGGGAAGCUGUAAUGUUUCCACCCCAGAGGCGUCAUCAUCCUGCAUUCCGACCUCAUCUUCACAAAACCUGCGCUCACCCAAUGACUUCAACCGCAAGGACCUUUUCACGCAGCAUCAACGACGUAUGCAUUCUCCGUGGGCGUCAUCUAACAGAGUCUCCCCAAGCAAGCAGGAGCAAGAUGCCUUUGACAAGAGCCUAGAGAAAGUGCGUAAGAGAUGCUGGAUUGAGCGGCGGAAAGCGCCGCGGCGGAGUAUAUGUACCUUCUGCGGCCGGGAGUUUUCUGGCACCUACUGCUGGGAUGACCGUAUGGAGCAUGUUGGGAAACAUUACGGGAAGCGCGACGUGGAAACCUGCGAAGAUGUUGCGUUGAGAGAGUGGGCGGUCCAAGAAGGGGUUCUGAAGCCGGUUGCUAAGGAUAAAUGGGUGCUUGCUUCUCCCAAGGAGGCGGCGGAGCGUCGCACCGAGGACUUCCAAAAUGCAAUGGCGUAAGUGAGCAAUGUCGCGUUCUAGGGGCUUAUAUGAUCUUACAUGCCUUUUGUUGAAUCGACUGAUGAAUCUUUUUCUUUUGGUUCUGUUUCCACUAUUGGGCUUCUCCUACGGCGCGGUGUGCUUUAAUGACAUGGAAGUGCAGAUAUAUAUAGCGGUUGGAUACGAUUAUGAUUCAUGUGAACUUGGUUGAACGGCUGUUAGAUAUUUAUAUAUAAUAUUGAACGCAAUAGUUAGCUUUUACUUCUCUCCUGUUCUACUGUUCUGAUACCCCGUUAAUGAUACAUGCACUACUACUACGCGGUUCACUCAAUUUCAACAGACCACCCCUUAAACUUCGAGUACAUGCACAUGAGAAUCUGUCAGAGUUUCAUGAUGAAAAAAGAAUAAGGCCGUUAUGGCUGUAUCACUUUGAAUUUCCAAACAUUUUUGUUGGAUUGAGAACCUACACUAACUUCCCCA